GUACAAUAAUUGUUGGACCUCCUACUUGGAAUUUGGUAGUACAUGUAUUUCCUAUAAUAGAAGAAUUAAAAUUGGAUCUAGGUUAUUUGUUUGGGUAUCCCGCCAAGGUCGAGGGAGACGAUGGAAUUGGCGAGGUUGCGUAUGUUGGCGAGGGAGGAGCACUGGAGGCUUUACUCCCAACAACAAAUAGCCCUAGGAGUUGA